GGUAACUGAUGAGGUCGAUCUAGAUGUUGAUGUUGCUUCCCGUUGGAGGAGCAGAGCAGAGAACCAAUGGCAGUGAGCAACGUGGCUUUAUCAGUGCGCAAGCUAUCUUGAUCUUUACAUUGCAAUUUGCAACAACUACACGUGUAAUCUCGUUUAUUUUGGCUCAUUAUGCAAGCACAUCAAACGAGAAUGUAUGUAUUACAUCAGUUUGCUAAUAACUUAUGUCUGCACUAGAGCAUAACCAUGAAUUACCUUGAUCUGGGAUCUGGGUGCUCUUAUAUAUUCCAUGUAUCGGGAAAUAUGGUGCAGACAUUCUCGCAAGUUAAGGAGACUUUUUCCGACACCAACCAAGUUAUCCCAACAUGACGUUUUCAAAAUCUUAUCACAUUUUUUUCGUUUUAUAUGCGUUAAGCACUGCAUUUAGUGGAAUCACUGCUGUGCCGUACCAAGAUUACACUGUGCGGACAUGCGACGAGAAAGUAUUCCUGGAUUGCCCGACCGCGGGUUCCGGAAGUGCCGGACGAAUAACGUUCUAUCCACAUAUUACCGUUAACUCCACGCCGAAUAAUUUCCCGUACAACAAUUACGGUUAUACGGAUCACUGCGAUCCGUCCAGUUCGUGCAAGCUGACGGUACUGAUCGACGACCAUUGCGCCAGCCUGAUGGCCCAAGGUGACGAGUAUGCCCUCUACUUAAACCUUAGGUCCAUCGAUAUUCCGGCGUUUUCCAGUCUGGAGAUCUACGAUGCGGUCCACCAUGGUGACCCCGUGCUGCGGCGUUCCUGGGAUGGGCAACGCGGUUGGCAGAAUAAGAAUCCAACGUCCUUCGCCCAGUUCCGUUCGCAGUCUAUGGAACGUCUCAAUGUGUUCAUCGAGUACCGUCAUGGCGGGCUGUGUCGUACAACGCGCGAAGUUGUAUUUGAUUUUGUGAUAGUCGAAGCAAAGCACACUGUGAACAACACCUACUGCUACGCUCUGAAUGGCUACGUCAAUAACAAGUAUAUUUGCGACACGACGGAUGAUCGUGUGAAUUGCCCGACAAUCCUGUCAGAUACGACGAAAGCUAUGGAACCGGCGUACGCGCGACAGUUUUGCUGGCCGAGUUACUGGGUGAUGGGCGGAAUUGUUGUAGCAGCGGUUGCUGCCGUGGCCCUACUGGUCGCAAUGGUGGCGCUGUGUCGUCGUCGCUGUCGCAAAUGUUCAUGUAGCUGUCGUCCGCGAAAGAUUUGCAGCUGGUCCAGUCAGCGGCAGUGCGAUGUCUGGAGCCCGUACUGUACUUGCGCUAUCAAGUAUGAUAUCCAGUGUGAUACCGGGACUGAUGAACGACUUCUUGCCAAGAAGAACCGAUUCUGAAGACUAAGUUCUUAUUAGAUUGCAGCCCGCAUCGGGCCUGCAGUUCAGCAACUGCAGAAUCUGUUUGUUUUUUGACUUUUAAUUAUUGUUGUGUUUGUUAUAACUUUAUUCCGUACAAAGCUUAAGAUAUAAAUGGCAUUCCAUCUAUUUUACACAUUUUUCAAUAUCUGUUUGUUAUUGCUGCUGCAGUUUAAAUUAAUACAGCACAUUGUGUUGCAUCUAGCUGUACUCGCACUUUAAGUAUGAAUAUUGCU